AUGGUAGAUGGUGGUGUAGUAGCUCAGAAUCCGACACAUGUAACCGUAAGUGAAGUGUUACAACACGCAGAGUAUCCGAAAAUCUUGGUCUUGUCUUUGGGAACUGGACAUACAAAAUAUGUGGAGAGUAAUUUUUUUGAUGCUCGCGUGGCUGCCUUUUGGACAGAAGAUAUAUGGGAUGCUAUUGCAACAGAUAUGCAGGGUCGUGCUUCUUCAGCCAUGGCUAAAUACUAUCCUGCUUCACUCUUUUCAAGAUUCCCACCUUCUACGAGUACAUACCUUCGAAUUGAUGAAUACGACUUGAAUCCUGAUUUCUCAAACUCAGUUAAUGUUACUGAAGAAAACUUGGAAGGCCUGGAGAAGACUGGAAAACAACUGCUACAAGAAAAAGUUGUGAAGAUGAAUUUGGACACUUUUAAUAUAGAAGAAGGGGUGGGAACAAAUGCUGAGGCUCUUGACAG